UACGCAGUCACUGAAACUGCUGUGAAACUGUGUCCAGAAGGAUUGACAGGAAGCAUAGAGAGGACUGUUGAUUACGGUUGAAAGCAUCAGAGGGAGAAGAGGUAAGGAUUCGACUGUUUGUGCUGCCGAGCGACAUCAGACAAAAUUCUCAAAAGAAGACCAAAAAGAAGUUCACUUUGUAAGCCUCAAGAUUAAGCAGAAGAAGGUUCGUUUGGAGGGUCCAAGUGGAGCUCACAGCCACAGAGAGAUGGACGGGACACAGAUGAAGAAAGAGGUAGAUGACAAGAACUCAAAGACAGAAGAGGAGGUGGUACACCUUCGGAGAGAGAUAGGCCUGCUGCCGGCUGUGUCCUUCAUCAUCGGGACCGUGGUGGGCAGCGGCAUCUUCAUUGCACCCAAGGGGGUCCUGAUGAACAGUGGGAGCGUGGGGCUCUCUCUGCUGGUGUGGGCGCUGUGUGGAAUCCUCUCAUUGUUUGGGGCUUUGUGCUAUGCUGAACUGGGCACCAGUUUUACAAAAUCAGGGGGCCACUACACUUAUCUCCUGGAGACACUGGGGCCAUUGCCCGCCUUCUUACGACUCUGGGUGGAGUUCUUAUUCAUCAGGCCGGCUGUGGCUUCCUAUGUGUCCCUGGCUUUCGGCCGCUAUGUGGUGGAGCCGUUCUUUGCACCUUGUGCUGCCCCCACGGUGCUAAUCAAACUCGUCAGCAUCCUCGGAGUGACAUUUGUUGUGGCCGUCAACUGCUGGAGUGUGACCAUGGCCUCUCGCACUCAGGUCACAUUGACUUUCAUUAAGAUGUUUGCUCUGGUCCUCAUCAUCAUCCCUGGUGUCAUUGCAUUGGCCAAAGGAAAGACAGAAAAUUUCCAGAAUGGUUUUGAGAUCGACUCAUUAACACUGGAUAGAUUACCACUGGCCUUCUACAAUGGUCUAUAUGCCUAUGGUGGAUGGUUUUAUCUGAACUUUGUCACAGAAGAGGUCAUUAACCCAAACAGAAACAUCCCUCUGGCAAUAAUCUGCUCCAUGGUGACAGUGACAGUCUUUUAUGUGCUUGUUAAUGUGGCCUACUACACCAUGAUGACACCCGCUGAGCUCCUGCUGUCUGAUGCUGUGGCUGUGACGUUUGCCAACCGUGCUCUCCAGGGAUUAGCCUCUGUGAUUCCAAUUCUUGUGGCCCUGUCCUGCCUCGGAGCACUUAACGGUGGCUUCUUCGGAUCACCCAGGAUGCUGUUUGUUGGAGCCAGGGAGGGCCACUGGCCACCAAUCUUUUCCAUGAUUCACAUCCGCAGACAUACACCUUUGCCUGCUGUGCUGUUACUGUACCCUUUGGUGGUGUUGAUGUUAAUCACUGGAGAGAUCUACCAGCUCAUCAACUUUGCCUCCUUUGCUCGCUGGUUCUUCAUCGCCUUGGCAACCUUGGGGAUGCUCAUCCAUCGCUAUCGCUUCCCUCUCCACCCAAGACCCUUCAAGGUCCCCCUGGCCAUCGCAGUCACCUUCACAGUGGUCUGUUUCUUCAUCGUGGGCCUGUCUCUGUAUUCAGACCCCUGGAACACAGGGCGAAGCUGCAUUCUCACGCUGACUGGAGUCCCAGUUUACUAUGUGACCGUCCACCGUUUUCGUUUGCCCCGUAGAUGGAGACGCAUCUUCGACUACUGCAGCAAACAGCUGCAGAUCCUUCUAGAGGUGGCUCAACAGGAAGUCCAGACGUACUGAAGACAUCCCACCUUCUACUGACAGACAUGCUGAAUUCCACUGCAAUGCAUCCUAGGACCUUCUUUGUUCACAAGCAUAGUAUGCUGGAAACAGGAGGAGUAUCUGUCUUCUCUUGUAGAAUCUGACAUAGAAAAUGGGAUUUUACUUUUCUCAUAACAUUUAAUA